AUGGGCAAGAAGAAGGAAUCUAUGGCAAAGUGCGCCUGGAUGAAAUUUCGAAAUGUGCUUCGAAUCGCACUUGGUCACUUGGCACUCUACUGUUUUGUCGUGUGCUAUGUGUUUGCCGGUGCUUGGGUGUUCCAUCAGUUGGAAGGCGAAAAUGAAACGGAACUUCAUGAUAAGCAACGAGAAUAUGCAAUGAAUUUGAAAAAAGAUGUGAUAGCGAAACUAGCCACUACAGAGAAUGUGGCCGAAAUCAAUGAACACCUCCGAAUGUUCCUCCGAAACAUCUCAAAUCUUCACAUUUCACUAGACAAUUAUCUAAUCUUCAACGAGCCUUCUCAAGUUGUUCCAAAGAGAUGGACCUUUCCAUCCAGUGUGUUGUUCUCAUUCACAAUAUUGACAACGAUAGGAUACGGUAAUGUGACUCCACAUACUCAACAAUGCAAAGUGUUCCUGAUGAUUUAUGGGGCAUUUGGUAUUCCAUUGUUUCUGAUUACAAUCGCUGACUUAGGAAGAUUUUCAAAAACUGCUAUCAUGGCACUGGUCCAGAAGGUUUCAAAGCGAGAGCUGAAAAAACAGAGCGACGAACAUCUUCUAAGAGAAAUUGCGGAGGUCAUGCUGGUUGCUGGUCUGUUUGUAGUAUUCAUCGCCAUUGGCUCUGCUGUGAUACCAUUAUGGGAAAACCAAUUGACCUAUUUCGACAGUGUAUAUUUUUCUUACAUGAGUCUCACAACUAUUGGACUCGGAGAUAUUGUACCUCGACGAAUGGACUUCCUUCUACCUACCUUGAUAUACAUCACCAUUGGAUUAUGGUUAACCACAGCUCUGGUCGAACAGCUUGCUGACGUUUUCCGAUUGGUGCAUUAUGCUGGUAGACAGGUUACAAAUGUGAAGGGGAUUACUGUUUGGCUUGGCGGACGACGACUCUCUAUGGGUGGGCUCAUUAGUACGGUUUGUAGAAGAGUGGGAAUGUCGGAAAAUCUCAUAAACCAAAUCAAUUGGGACCGCACUGUGAUCGACGCGCUGGACGGCAAAAUGCCACCAACUCUACCCAUCUUCCCCUGGCAUUUCACUGAUUUUCUGGAGCACGAUCCUCCAUUGAUUGAUCUAAGUAUUGACUUGGAUCAGAUGGAUGGCUCUUUCUAUUGCUCCAAACCAUUGUCGGCAAAAAAACAAAGACGAGCAAGUCAAAUGAGUGCUCCAGCGAUUGCAUGGAUGCGUCCACAGGAAGAGGCACGCAUACUGGAUGCGGAUGGAAAUUUCCCGAAUAUUGAUGCUUGA